AGAUAAACAAAUGAUGGCAGACUUUGACCUCGGCCUGUUAACAUCCAGAGGAACAGCAGCUGACCACUGGUCCCCCCCACCAGAACGACCCCAGUCUUCCCUCCGUCAGGUCCUCGGAGCUGGAACAUGAGCACCUUUGUGACUCUUUCAACCGGGCAGAAGAUGCCCGUGGUCGGACUUGGCACGUGGAAGAGUGCUCCAGGACAGGUGAAGCAGGCAGUGCUGGCAGCUUUGGACUGCGGGUACAGACACAUUGACUGCGCUGCGGCUUACAGCAACGAACGGGAGGUCGGAGAGGCUCUGGCUCUGAGGGUCGGUCCCGGGAGGGCUCUGCAACGUGAGGAGGUGUUUGUGACUUCCAAACUGUGGAACACUAAGCACGAGCCAGAGGAUGUUGAAGAAGCAUGCAGGACCAGCCUGGCCCACCUGGGUCUCACUUACCUGGACCUUUACCUCAUGCACUGGCCCAUGGCAUUUGAGCCGGGAAAGGAGCUGAUGCCUCGACGGGAAGAUGGGAGUAUCUGUUACUCGGACACACACUACAGACACACUUGGGCGGCCAUGGAAGGUCUGCUGGAUAAAGGUUUGGUCAAGGCUAUAGGUCUGUCCAACUUCAAUGCCAGGCAGACCGACGACAUCAUCGGCAUGGCCAGACACAAACCUGUGGUCAACCAGGUGGAAUGCCAUCCUUAUUUGUCUCAAGCAGCUCUCCUCUCGCACUGCCGGUCAGUGGCAGUGUGUGUGACAGCCUACAGUCCUCUGGGCAGCGGGGACAGACCCUGGGCCUCUCCGGACGAGCCAAGUCUGCUGGAGGAUCCUCGACUGGGAGCCAUCGCCCAGAGAUACCACAAAACACCUGCCCAGGUCGUGCUCAGGUGGCACGUUCAGAGGGGUGUAGUGUGUAUUCCUAAAAGCGUGACGCCCGCCAGGAUCCAGCAGAACUUGGAGGUGUUUGACUUCUCCCUGACGGAACACGACAUGAAGCUGAUUGACUCCUUCAACCGAAGCGAGCGCUUCAUCGUCCCAUCAGUCGAGCGGGACGGUAAGAAAGUGUGGAGAGAUGCAGGCCAUCUUCAUUUCCCCUUCCAUGACUCUUACUGAGUCCACUCCCACAGAAUACAAUGUUUAUGAUGAUUGUCGUCACACACACACUAAAGAAAACCAGUUAGUUUAAAAAUCGAAAUCAAACGACCAAAUAGUUUUUUUUCUGCUUUUCUUUGAGGUCAGUAAUAGUAGACUAAGAUUAUAACUAAGGAGCAUUGUUUAUAAAUUUUUUUUUCCCAAAGUCAAUUAUUCAAUUGCAAUAAAGAAUAAAAAGAUUGUUCCAACAAGGUUUUUCUUUCUUGGCCAGAGUGACACUGUGUGGUCAGUAACAGAACUACGGCUCCAACCAAUUUCAACAGCAUUGAUCACAUGGCGCCUGCAUGUUUCACAGAGAUAAGACUCAACUGUCAUCACCAGAGCAGCACAUUACACAGCUAAUGAAUGAAGAGCUUUUCAGUGUUGGGUAGCAUAAUAAUGCAAAAAAGAAAUCAACAUUUUAUCUUUCCAUCCCUGGUCAAGGUACCCUGGUUAUCCCAGUGUGACUCCAGCCAAAGAACUUUGUUUUACAUCAUUUCUGUCUCUCUCCGAGUUUCCUUUCUAUCCCUACUGUCCAAUAAAAGACAAGACAUGUACAACGAUUGUGACAAUAAAGAAAUUCAAAAAACUGA